UACAUGGAAUAAUUGCUAUUGAAACAAACAAACACCUGAUCGGUGCUCAAUGGGAAGAAGAAUCUUCCUACCUACCCUUUCUCCACCGCCACACUCUCCGCCUCCCACCACCAACACGCGGACGAGUGCGAUGACAAGAUCGUCCGUCUCUUCCCUUAAAUCGAUGUGGACCUCACUGAUUGGUUCGUCUCCCUCCACGAAUCAACUCAGUGGAACCUUCAGCAAGCUCAGGGAGAUUCUGGAUCGAAUUCAAGACGGAUUCGUUUCAUUCUCAGAAUAUGCUCCUCCCAUUUUGCUUCAAAUUCAGAUUCUUUUGGUUAUGAUAUGAGUUGGUGGAAAGAAGAGCAAUUUAAUGCAUCGGAUGUAGACGCAAAUGGUCUUCUAAACUUAGCCGAGUUCAAUGACUUUUCUUCACCCGGCUGACAGCAAUAUCCCAAAGCUCCAACGAUGGUUGUGCAAGGCAGAAGUAAGGUAACUCUAAUCUUUCUAGUUAUUUAUGUAAAAUAUAACUAUACGAGAGUAUCAGAGUAAAAAUUAUGCACAAUGUAAGGAAAGGAGAGAAAGCGGUCGAGAGAAAUUCCUUUUUAAUGGUUUCUGCCAAAUAGAACAAGGAAACAAAAAUGAGGACCAGAGCUGGAAAAUUCACUACUCUCAAGAGUUUUAGGAUUGUAGUUGUAGCUACAAGCCUCAAAACCAAACAAAACAUGUCCCAAUAUUCUAUAUUUUGGAUAUUUCCUGUCUUUGUUGUAUCCGAUGCUUGUGCAUCAUAAUGGUAAAAAGAUUUAGUUAAUUAAUGCAUAAUUUCUUGUUUACAAUAAAAAUGAUGAUAUUAGAUCACUUUUAUGUACUCAAUUAUAUUGGUAAUGUAUAUUUUUUCUAUGACUGCAUCUAGAUCCACAUUGGUAUUAGAUGCAAGUUUAAAUUACAUGAGUCUCUAGCAUAUCCUUGUUAUAAAACUUCAAAUUGAAGGAUACAAUUUGGUUUUUUAUGGAAGUUGGUAAAAGUUUUUACAAGACACCUGCAAUCCGUGGGAUUGUUUAUUUGGCAUGUAUCUUGAAUGACAAUAUAUUCAUACACCUUGAUACCAACACAAAAUUCUAACUCCGAUAUUUAGCUUUUCAGGGAAACCUCAAUAUCUGGAUAAAGUGUUUCAGAAUAUGUUACUGUUUUUUAACUGCAGAGAAUGUUUUUUUCCAAUCAUUAUUAUUCUACUUUCUUUGAACCAAUUAUAUAGUAGUUACCUAAUAGUAUAUACUAUCAUUUAUUUUUGGGUUUUCAUUUCAUUUGUCCAGAUAUUUGUCAGAUAUUGAACUCCUGCCUAUAAUCGGAAAACUACAUCCAUCUGGGCAUUUAUGGAAAACAACAAGUAAAAUACUUAUUUCACAGUUCGUUUGAGAAGAAUACUAGGAUAAGCUAUAAUGGACUCACGCACACAUCACACUGUCGAAGAGGUCUUUCAAGAUUUUAAGGGUCGCCGAGCUGGUCUCAUCAAAGCUCUCACCACUGAUGCUGAAGAUUUCUAUAACCAAUGUGAUCCUGACAAGGAAAACCUGUGCUUGUACGGCUUUCCUAACGAGGAGUGGAAAGUCAAUUUACCUGCUGAAGAUAUGCUAUUGGAGCUUCCCGAGCCUUCCCUGGGCAUUAACUUUGCUAGGUCCGGAAUGCAAAAAACAGAUUGGCUGUCCUUAGUUGCCGGUCAUUGCGAUUCAUGGUUAUUUGGCGUUGCAUUCUAUUAUGGAGCUAAAUUUCGGUUUAACAAAUCUGACAGGGAGCGCCUUUUCAGUAUGAUCAAUGAACUGCCAACAAUAUUGAAAGUUGUUGAUGCUGCAAACGUUACUGAUACUGCAAAGAAACAAGUUGAGGUGAAGUCUUCAGUUUCAAACCACAGUGGCAGCAAAUCGAAGUCCAACUUGAUAGCGACAAAGGCAUCAGAACCCAAAGUUGUGGAAGAGGAGCCGGAGGAGGGCGACGAAAAUGUUUUCUGCAAUGUAUGUCAUGUGCAUUAUGGGGAGGACACUUUCUGGAUUUGCUGCGACUUCUGUGAUAAUUGGUAUCAUGGGAAGUGUGUGAAUGUUACUCGUACCAUUGCAGAGGAAAUCGAUAAAUACAAAUGUCCGUAUUGUGGGCUGCAUUUCGGUUGAUGAUAUCUUGUAUUUGUUCAAUAUGUAGUUUUUUGUUAUUCAUGAAUUGCUUGGAAAGUUGAAUAAUAUUUUCCUUAAUGUUUUGAGGAAAACGAGGAUAUUGAAACAGAAAUUUAUUCAAAAUGAUGACUUGUU